AUGGCCCGCCUCUCCAUUCCGACCAAAGCCAAACUGCCGUCAUCACUGCCCGUCGAACCAUCCAACCCGGCCGUCAUCAAAUCUUUCAGUCGACUCACGCGCGAAUCGCUACUCUCUCUUGCUCUCGAAUGGCUUGAUGAGGGCGUAGUGGCCAAUGCGACUCCCUAUCUUGCUCGCCGACGGCGGGGGGACCGAGACGAGGCCGCCCCAGACCAGGACCAGGAUGAUGCAGAUGAUCUCUAUCCGCCGUGCCGGUCUCUCGACGAACUCAGGGCUCUCUACGGAGACCUCCAGCAACAAAAGAGCUUGAAGCGCGAUGUCGUAGCUCGUAUCUUGGAAGGCGAUUGGCGUCACGGCGUGACCUUGUUUCAGCUUGCCAUGGCCGACUUUGCCCAUCUCGAGGAGCAUCCUGCGUCGCAGAAAUGGACGGCGUACAAGAUCUUGCCCCUCAAAACUCCAUCCAAGGAUGCCAACGAGGAAGCGCCCCGCGUUGACAGCACGAGCUUGACGAUACCACGCUUUCAUCCCUCCACGUUUAUCCGAAAUCUGCAGCAGCAGGUGCUUCCCGACGUCAAGGCGCAUUAUCACUUCCAUCGACCCAAGCAGUUUCCUGUCCUGUUUCUCCGAAUAUUCGUCAUAGACUCUCCCUACAACACAACGCUGACCCUGUCGACCGUGGACAGUUCCGGAACGGCCACCAAUUUCAGCAGCUCUCGCACAAUCUUCCUGGCAUUCCCCGACGGCUCGCCCUCGCUCUACAUGACCAAAUCGCAAGCCACCGGCUCCCGAGGCACCGGGGAAUCCAAAAGCUUGCACAGUAUCAUCGUCAACGGCGUUCCCAAAGCGCUCUCGCGCCCGAGGGAGCGUUUUGCCGUCAAGUCCACCAACCUCACCAGCAAGAACCUGGAUGCGCUGUUGGAGAAAAGGGGUUCGGGCCGCAGCAAUGCGUCGGCUGGCGGCUGGAGCAUAUACGCAAACGAAAAGGCCGAAAAUUCUCCUCUGGACCCUACCCUAUCAUUACCGCCCUUGCGCGGAAAGCCGUGGACCGGCACGAGUCGAGCGAGGGAAAGAUCGCAACCGGGGCCUGAUCGCGCCAUCAAGCGGGCAAGGUUGGCUGCGCAAGCUCGAUUCGGCGGUUCGGCCCUUGUCGACGACGGCAAAGGCGUCGAGAGGCUCGAAAUCCUGAUGCAAGAUCCUUUCCCGGCCUCGAGCGCGCAUCAAGAUCAGCCUUCCGACGAAGAAGCGGAACGUGGCCGGGACGAGGACAAAGCCGUGGACCGAAGGCGCAGCAAGGUCGAGGCUUUUCUGAAGCAAGCGCGCGUCGAUGCCGAUGGUGACGGCGAUGACGACGAUGCCUCCCUGUGGACUCCCACCGUUCGACUUGCCUUUCAAGGACCUCACGUCUUUGCAGGCAUCCGGCAGCUCGUCGAGGCGGGCAUCGUCGAUGGCGCGCGCAUGCCCGGGUGGAUGACCGGCGAGGAUGGGGUCACAAGUGGUGUGGUAAGGCACGGUCGAAUAAGAGGGUACAAGGGGUCGGGGCUAUGA